AUGGAGGUUUUCGUACUCACCACUGAUGCCCGAGACGAAGACUUGGACGUAGCAAAGGCUACGGCCAAUCACGAGCGCUUCAAGGCUUGCAUUGACCACAUCCAGUCCUACAAGAAACGAGGCGACGACGAGGACGAUUACGGCGGGACGGAGGAGGCCUCGGAGGACACGGCGAAGCAGUGCUUCAUCUACAUGUAUGGGCGGACGGCGGAGGGCAAGAGCGUGUGCCUGCGCAUCCCUUUCUCCCCCGCCCUGUACCUGGAGGCUCCCGGAGGUUGGAGCGAGGCGGAUGCCACAGCCACCGCGGAGAGAGUCUACCUGUCCAUCAACAGGCGGGCUUACGGAGGCAUCGCCAGAGUCACCACGAUGCGCAGCAAAAAGUUCUACGGGUACCACGGGGACGCGGAGUUCCUGUUCUACAAGCUCAAUGUCACCUCGGACAAGGCGCUGAAGCAGUGUCAGUACGCCCUACAGAAGAAGCCUCUGAACCUCUGGGUGCUGAAGAGAGACCCGCAUCGAUUCGCUCUCUACGAAGCGAAUGUUCCCCCAGUCAUCCAGUUCUUCCACGAGACGGGCUCUCUGCCUUGCGGCUGGCACACCAUCGACCUCGGAGGACGCAGGCCCGUCGACAAGGCACGGCAGGCGUCCACGUGCGACCUGGAAUACGUCAUCCCUCAGACGACCAUAAAAGCCAAGCGCACCGAGGCGGGACAAGGGGCCGAGAUCCCCCCUCUGGUCGAGUGCAGCUUCGACAUAGAGGCCUACACCAUCGACGGCUCGUUCCCAGAAGGUUCCUUCGAAGGCGCUAGGACCAUCACAAUCGGCAGCACCUUCAAGGUGUACGGCCAGAGAGAACCCUACCUGAGGCACGUGAUCACGCUCAAGGACUGCGCUCCUAUCGAAGGGGUCGUGGUCGAGAACUACGACUCGGAAGGAGAGGUCAUCUUGGCUUGGCAGCGCCUCCUGCUGAAGGAGUCUCCGGACGUCAUCUACUCUUGGAACGGCUACGGCUUCGAUUGGAACUUCCUGUACAAGUCCGCGAAACGCGUGGGCGUCCCUUUCGACGUGGGCAGGCUGAAGGGAGUACCCAGCACCCUGAGCGAGAAGCAGCUGGAGUCAGCGGCGUUCGGUUUCAACAAGUUCCUGCUCGUCAGCAUGCCGGGGAUCCUGGACCUGGAUCUCAUGCAGGCCGUGAAGAGGUCUCACAAGCUGGACAGCUACAGCUUGGAAAACGUGGCAUCCGUGACCCUGAACGAGCACAAGAACGACAUGCCCAUCCGCCGGCUCUUUGAGCUCUACGAGCAGGGGACGCCAGAGGGAAUCGCAGAGAUCGCGAGGUACUGCGUCCAGGAUACGGCCCUACCGCUCCGCCUGUCGGACAAGCUCAACCUCCUCUUCGACCAGAUCGAGAUGUCCAAGGCCACCUUCGUGCCCAUAGACUAUCUGCUGCACAGGGGUCAACAGAGGGGGGGUCCCGUACGGAAAUCCAGGUCGGAAGUUCCGGUGACGUUCAAGCUGAUGCACGUGCCCGGGGACGGCAGCUGUCUCUUUCACAGCAUACUCUUGGCAUCUCUAGCUGCAAAGGGCCUCGACGUGACGACGCUCAGCAGGUCGUACAUCGUUCGAAACUCGAAGAAGCUCAGACAGGCUGCCGUAGACUACGUGAUCCGACACCUCAGGACUCCCUUAGGGGGAAUAAGAGGCAAUAUGACGGGCAGCGAGCUCAUACUCAACGAAUACGCGAGCAGCAGCGUAGACGGAGAGGCAGGCAUCAAGGACGGACCCUCUUACAAGCGCGUCAUGAGCAAAACCAGCACGUAUGCCGGCAACACGGAACUCAUAGCCCUGAGCGCGCUCCUCAAAGCGAAGAUAGUCGUGCACGUCAGGACCGGUGGCGAGAGCGAAUUCGACGCGGCGAAUACGGGAGGACGAAUCCGUGUCUUCAGCUGCAUCCUGAACCAGACGAAGCGCCUGGGCUACUUGAUAAAGACCUUCGACCGGGCAGCGGAGACCGCCGUGGUGGAGAGCAAGUUCAAAGAUGAGCCUCCUCAUGAAGCCUCCGCAGCUCCCGCAUCAUGCGUCCCACGGGCCACGGUACUCGAGGCGAAGACCGGCUGCUACAUGGACCCAGUCGCGACGGUCGAUUUUGCAUCACUCUACCCUAGCGUCAUGCGCGCUUGGAACCUGUGCCCUUCGACGUGGGUCCUGGACAGACGCUACUCCAACAUGCCCGGUGUGGAAUACAAGACCUUCAGCUGGACCGACGAUGACGGCAAUCUUUGCGAGUCAACCUUCGUUCAGAGCCGCAAGGGAGUCGUUCCGGGUAUGCUCGAGGAACUCGCAAAAAUGAGAAAGUGGGCAAAGAGGAUGAUGGCGGAAGCGAAGGCCGACCAUAAGAGCUCGGAAGCUGCCGUGUGGAACUCCGCGCAACUAGCCUAUAAGAUUACACAAAACUCCACAUAUGGAGCCCUCGGGAGUGCUAAGGGAUUAAUUCCGGCCAAACAAAUCGCGGCGACGGUGACGACGAUCGGAAGGGGGAUGAUCGCAGACACCAAGGCCUUUCUGGAGCAGACAUAUCCAGGUAGCGCCACCGUAUACGGAGACAGCGUCACCGGGCCGACUCCCACGACCGUGCGCGUGGACGGGCGCAUCUACGUGGAGACCUUCGAGCGGCUCGCCGACCGCUGGGGAGUGGGGAAGUGGCUGCCUUGCUUCCACGACGAGGAGAAAGAGAGCUGCGAGCUCCCCGGCGUGGACGUAUGGACGGACGCCGGUUGGACCCCGGCGAAACGCAUCAUCAGGCAUUGCCUCGCGCCCGGGAAGUGCAUCCUACGCGUGCUCACGGACGCCGGCAUGGUGGACGCGACGGACGAGCACAGCCUGCUCGACUCCCAGGGCGAGGUCGUAUCAGCACGGGACGUGGAAGUGGGGUCCGAGUUGCUCCACGCUCCGUACCCCGAGCUCGUGCAGGGCAGAGAGCGCAUCACCCCAGAGAAGGCGAUCGUGCUGGGCAUGUUCUGCAGCGACGGGGCGCGCGGAAAGUACUUCUCCGCCGUGCCGGACGUCAUCCUCAACGCAUCCCUCGAGGCGCGGCGGGCAUUCUGGGACGGCCUGUACGGCCUCGAGGGAGAGGAGAUCCACAUCGAGCACAAGAGCCAGGUGGCGCUCGCGUCCUACGCUCUCUUGGCUGCGAGCUUGGCGUUCAGCACGAGCUUCGACGCUCGCGUGGCCAAGCCCGAUGCAUUCCGUCUGACCCUAACAGAGAGGCCGCAGCCGAGAGACGCGGAGGCGGUGAAGCGCGUCGUUCAGGUCCGGUACGAAGGCUGGGUGUACGACCUGACAACGGAGAGCCACCGCUUCGCAGCAGGAGCCGGCCGGUUGGUAGUCCACAACACGGAUUCCGUCAUGAUCCGCUUCGAGCCGGGCGCCACCGACCCCGGCGUCCUCGAACGGUGCAUCAGGAAGGGGGAGGAGGCCGCCGAGUUGGCCACGAAGAAGCUCUUCAGGGAGCCCAUCGUCCUCGAGUACGAGAAGGUCUUCUACCCCUUCAUCCUGUGCUCCAAGAAGCGCUACGCCGGCCUGAAGUACACGGAGGUAGGCAAGCCCCCGGAGGUGGACGCAAAGGGCCUGGACUUGGUCCGCCGCGACAGGAUACCCCUGGCUAGAGAUCUACAAAAGACCAUACUGGACAAGAUUCUCUUCGAGAAGGACUUGCACGGGGCAGUACAGGCGUGCCGACAGACCGCCGAGGACCUGCUGGCCGGGCGAAUAGGGCUCGAGAAGCUGACCCUGAGUCAACAGCUGAAGAGCACGUAUGCGAACGACGCGCACGCGAACCUGAUGGUGGCCAGGAAGAUCCGCGAGCGCAUGCCAGGCAGCGAGCCGAAGCCGGGCGAUCGCGUGCCGUACGUGUUCAUCGACAUCGGAGACCCAAAGGCCAACUCGAGCGCCAUGGCAGAGGAUCCGGCAUACGCACUCGAGCACGAUCUGCCCAUCAACUACUACCUCUACCUGAAGUCGCAUCUCAUCAACCCGCUGUCCACCAUCUUGGACUUAUUCGUGAAGAACGGAGGCAAGGCGGAGGACAUCCUGUUCGCGGACAUCAUCAGGAAGUACAAGAAUCACAAGAGCGGUCAGCGGCAGAUCUCCAGCUUCUUCCAGCCGGUCUCGAAGAAGCCGAAGCGAGAGCAGCUAUCCGCGGCAUACCAAAACGCUAGAGAUAGCGGCUCGUUCUUGCCCCCCCAACACCUGCUCGACAAAGUGGCUCCGUGCAAGACGGACACGUUCAAGCUGUGCGCCUGGCGGACGAAGCGCAAGUUGCCUGGGGUGAAGUCCGUCAACUGGAAGAAGUUGACAGGCAACAUCGCAAAGUCGCAGCUCGACAAGAGGAUAGCUGCUUUCAUCGAGCAAGAGGACAACGGACCCGGCGCAUUCGCGACCCAGGUCCAAGGAUUUGCGAGAGCUCUGACUAUGCUCAAGUGGUUGGUUCCUCCUGUCACCAGAACUCUGGCAGAGAUGAAGGACGUGGUCGCAAACAAACUCGGACGCGCUGACUUGACGGUUCAGAAGUAUCUCGGGGCCGGCAUAGCGGGCUCCGUGUUCGAGGUGAAGCGAACCGGAGCCAACGGUCAAGUGACGAAGGCGGUGGUCAAGAUCGUGCUCACUCCCGAUGAAUUGGAAUGGAGAAAUUUCGAAAAGGAGGUCGGUCAACAGAAGCGUUUCAGGCGAACGCUCGAAAGAGGUCUGGAGACCAAAACGCUGCACAUCCCCGAGGUCUACGACAUCUGGAGAUUGCCCGGAAAUAGGGAAGCUGCCGUACUGAUGGAGUCCCUCGACGGCACACUCGGUUCGUUCAUCGGGAAGUAUCGCCACAAACCCAGCUUCCUCCUCGAGAUUGCCAGACAGAUGAAACGCACCGUAGCUUCGCUUCAUAGGAACAAGUUGGUUCAUGGCGAUCUGCACUGGUCGAAUCUCGGCUACAAAUCGUUUCCGAAUGGAAAGGUCGAACUGUUCAUCAUCGAUUUCGGACGCAGCUUAGGGCCUCUCACGCAGAAUCAACUCGCAAACGUCGGCGACCUCGAUCGAUGGUGCGUAUGGAGAGCGUCAUGUAACGCGGGGACGGCAUUUGCCGCGUUCAACAAGGCCUUGCACGAAGUGGGCUUUCCUGGGAGCAAAAUCUUGGACGACUAUACGAAUCUGGGGAGCAAGCCGAUCAACGACGGGAACAACCAAUAUCUAGUCCAGGACAUUGACGCCAAUUGCUUCGGCAGGGCAUCAAGGCGGUAUGAUGGCGCUCAAAUCCGCCACAUUCAACGACUCGUCGAGGAGAUGAGGCAGCUCAGGCGGGCAUAUAAGCAGAGUGACAGGCUGCUAGAUGCAGCUUAUACCGACAGGCAGCGUGCGAGAACCGUCAUCCGAAAUCCGAUACAACAAGUAAUUCCGUUCAACUUGAACCAUUGGAUGCUCUAUACCUUAGCAUACGCGCUGGCCCAUCUGGCGAUCCAUCCUGCUGGCGAAGCAGCUGCGAUCGUGAAUCGUUUGGGUGUCAUCGGGCAGGCAUAUUGGAGUGGAGUCCCGCCCCCGGGAAUGUACACCGGAGGCAGGACGCCUUGGUCGCAACGAAUGUUCAGAGAGCGUGGGUCCAAGAUAAGGCGCCUCGUGGCGCUGGUCGGCCGGACUCAUUUGAAGAGCAUCGUCAGAAACGGGCCCGAGUGGCCAUGGCUGGACGUGGCAGAAACGAACGCGCUCUUGCAGGCGAUCCCCAACAUUCUCGAUCUGCAACCCUCCGUGGACAAUAUCGAAGAGGCUCAGAGCCGCAUGAACGCGGCGCAACGCGAGAAGCGUCGUUAUAGGACGGCCUUCCGAGAGAAGGAGAAGGAGCUGAAAAGAGCGAUCGAACGAGCAGGGCUCCCGGCUCUCGGCCCGCCUCCGCGCCGCGCUUAUAUCGGCGGCGAUCGCACCUAUCGGGUUCCGGCAGCGCUAGCAGACCUCGGUCUCACCGCAGAGAACUUGCAAGCACUUCCUCGGACGCGGAGAGCCGCCUGUCUACGACAGGAUUUCGAGCAAGUCGAUCGUUAG